GCCGCCGCCUCAGCCGCCUCUAGACUAGGAGCAGCAGCAGAACAUGGCGCCGGGGCCGCCGUCGCCGCGGCUGAGAUCCCGAAGGCCGGGGCCGCGCUGAAGGCGCCCAGCUGGAAGAAAUGUUGGCUAUUUGGCGAUGAGAGACAGCGAAAACUGACCUUGUGCUGGUGUGCAAGCCGUAUGGGACCUGACACCUUCGCUGCUCUGGCAGUCAGCCCUCACUGAUGAUGUUGGGAAGCCUUCAGGUCCACUGGAAAACACUAAUCUGAUCUCGGAAGUGGUUGAUUGUGGCAGGAUGUGUCGACGAUGAUGAUGGCAAGAAAGCAAGAUGUCCGCAUUCCCACCUACAACAUCAGUGUGGUGGGAUUGUCUGGGACCGAGAAGGAGAAGGGCCAGUGCGGCAUUGGGAAGUCUUGUCUGUGUAACCGCUUUGUCCGCCCCAGUGCUGAUGAGUUCCACUUGGACCAUACCUCUGUCCUUAGCACCAGUGACUUUGGUGGGCGAGUGGUCAACAAUGACCACUUUCUCUACUGGGGAGAAGUCAGCCGUUCCCUGGAGGACUGUGUGGAAUGUAAAAUGCAUAUUGUGGAGCAGACUGAAUUUAUUGAUGACCAGACUUUCCAACCUCAUCGUAGCACGGCCCUGCAGCCCUAUAUCAAGAGAGCUGCUGCGACCAAGCUCGCAUCCGCCGAAAAACUCAUGUACUUUUGCACUGACCAGCUGGGGCUGGAGCAGGACUUUGAGCAGAAGCAAAUGCCAGAUGGGAAGCUGCUGGUGGAUGGUUUUCUUCUUGGUAUUGAUGUUAGCAGGGGCAUGAAUAGGAACUUUGAUGACCAGCUCAAGUUUGUCUCCAAUCUCUACAAUCAGCUUGCAAAAACAAAAAAGCCCAUAGUGGUGGUCCUGACCAAGUGUGACGAGGGCGUCGAGCGGUACAUUCGAGAUGCACAUACUUUCGCCUUAAGCAAAAAGAACCUCCAGGUUGUGGAGACCUCGGCCAGAUCCAACGUGAACGUGGACUUGGCCUUCAGCACCUUAGUGCAACUCAUCGAUAAAAGUCGGGGAAAGACAAAAAUCAUUCCUUAUUUUGAAGCCCUCAAGCAGCAGAGUCAGCAGAUCGCGACGGCAAAAGACAAAUAUGAGUGGCUGGUGAGUCGCAUCGUGAAAAACCACAAUGAGAACUGGCUGAGUGUCAGCCGAAAGAUGCAGGCCUCGCCAGAGUACCAGGACUAUGUCUACUUGGAAGGGACCCAGAAAGCCAAGAAGCUGUUUCUGCAGCACAUCCACCGCCUCAAGCAUGAGCACAUUGAGCGCCGGAGAAAGCUAUACCUGGCCGCCCUGCCGCUAGCCUUUGAAGCUCUUAUACCCAAUCUAGAUGAAAUAGACCACCUAAGCUGCAUAAAAGCAAAAAAGCUCUUGGAAACCAAGCCAGAAUUCUUAAAGUGGUUUGUUGUGCUUGAAGAGACGCCAUGGGACGCCACGAGCCACAUUGACAACAUGGAAAACGAGCGGAUUCCCUUUGACAUCAUGGAUACAGUCCCCGCGGAGCAGCUGUACGAGUCCCACUUAGAAAAGCUGAGGAACGAGAGGAAAAGAGCCGAGAUGAGAAGGGCGUUUAAAGAAAACCUGGAGACCUCUCCCUUCAUAACUCCUGGCAAGCCUUGGGAAGAGGCCCGCAGUUUUAUUAUGAACGAAGAUUUCUACCAGUGGCUGGAAGAGUCUGUGUACAUGGAUAUUUAUAGCAAACACCAAAAGCAAAUUAUAGACAGAGCCAAGGAGGGGUUUCAGGAGCUGCUCUUGGAAUACUCCGAGUUGUUUUAUGAGCUGGAGCUGGACGCAAAGCCCAGCAAAGAAAAGAUGGGUGUCAUUCAGGACGUCCUGGGGGAGGAGCAGCGAUUUAAAGCGUUGCAGAAGCUCCAAGCGGAGCGCGAUGCCCUGAUUCUGAAGCACAUUCACUUUGUCUACCACCCAACCAAGGAAACGUGCCCCAGCUGCCCAGCCUGUGUGGAUGCUAAGAUCGAGCAGUUGAUUAGUUCUCGGUUUAUCCGACCGUCUGACCGGAAUCAGAAAAAUUCACUCUCUGACUCCAGCAUUGAUAGGAUCAACUUGGUUAUCUUGGGCAAAGAUGGCCUUGCCCGAGAGUUGGCCAAUGAGAUUCGAGCUCUUUGUACAAAUGAUGACAAGUAUGUGAUAGAUGGUAAAAUGUAUGAGCUUUCCUUGAGGCCCAUCGAGGGUAAUGUCCGGCUUCCAGUGAACUCUUUCCAGACGCCAACAUUUCAGCCCCAUGGCUGUCUCUGCCUCUACAAUUCAAAGGAAUCUCUGUCCUACGUGGUGGAGAGUAUAGAGAAGAGUAGAGAGUCCACGCUCGGCAGGCGAGAUAACCAUUUGGUCCACCUUCCCUUGACGCUAAUUUUGGUUAACAAGAGAGGAGACACCAGUGGAGAGUCCUUGCAUAGCUUAAUACAGCAAGGCCAGCAGAUUGCGAGCAAACUCCAGUGUGUCUUUCUCGACCCUGCCUCUGCUGGCAUUGGCUAUGGACGCAACAUUAAUGAAAAGCAAAUUAGUCAAGUUUUGAAAGGACUCCUGGACUCUAAGCGUAACUUAAACCUGGUCAGUUCUACUGCUAGCAUCAAAGAUAUGGCUGACGUUGAUCUGCGAAUUGUUAUGUGUCUGAUGUGUGGAGAUCCUUUUAGUGCAGAUGACAUACUCUUUCCUGUCCUUCAGUCCCAAACCUGUAAGUCCUCCCAUUGUGGGAGCAACAACUCUGUUUUACUUGAACUGCCAAUCGGACUACACAAGAAGCGCAUUGAACUGUCUGUCCUUUCAUACCAUUCCUCAUUUAGCAUCAGAAAAAGCCGGUUGGUUCAUGGGUACAUUGUUUUUUAUUCUGCCAAACGUAAGGCCUCCUUGGCCAUGUUACGUGCCUUUCUUUGUGAAGUGCAGGAUAUUAUCCCCAUUCAGCUUGUAGCACUCACUGAUGGCGCUGUUGAUGUCCUGGACAACGAUUUAAGUCGGGAACAGCUGACUGAGGGCGAGGAGAUUGCACAAGAAAUCGACGGAAGGUUCACAAGCAUCCCCUGUAGCCAGCCCCAGCAUAAACUUGAGCUCUUUCACCCCUUCUUUAAAGAUGUGGUGGAGAAAAAGAACAUCAUCGAGGCUACGCACAUGUACGAUAACGCUGCUGAAGCGUGCAGCACCACGGAAGAGGUGUUCAACUCUCCCAGGGCAGGCUCACCUCUCUGCAACUCAAACUUGCAGGAUUCUGAAGAGGACAUUGAGCCGCCCCCAUCUUAUAGCCUGUUUCGAGAAGACACGUCACUACCCUCUCUGUCCAAAGACCAUUCCAAGCUCUCUAUGGAACUGGAGGGGAACGACGGGCUGUCUUUCUUCAUGAGCAACUUUGAGAGUAAACUAAACAACAAAGUACCUCCGCCAGUCAAACCAAAGCCUCCUGUCCAUUUUGAAAUCACAAAGGGGGAUCUGUCCUAUUUAGACCAAGGUCAUAGAGAUGGGCAGAGGAAGUCUGUGUCUUCUAGCACCUGGCUACCUCUGGAUGGGUUUGAUCCUUCUGAUUAUGCUGAACCCAUGGAUGCUGUGGUCAAGCCAAGGAACGAAGAAGAAAACAUCUACUCAGUGCCCCACGACAGCACCCAAGGCAAAAUCAUCACCAUUCGGAACAUCAACAAAGCCCAGUCCAACGGCAGCGGUAACGGUUCCGACAGUGAAAUGGACACCAGCUCCCUAGAGCGAGGCCGCAAGGUGUCCAUCGUGAGCAAGCCCGUGCUGUACAGAACGAGAUGCACCCGCCUGGGGAGGUUUGCUAGUUACCGAACCAGCUUCAGCGUGGGGAGUGAUGACGAGCUGGGGCCCAUCCGGAAGAAAGAGGAGGAUCAGGCAUCCCAAGGUUAUAAAGGGGACAAUGCCGUCAUUCCAUACGAAACAGACGAAGACCCAAGGAGGAGGAAUAUUCUUCGCAGUCUAAGGAGGAACACUAAGAAACCAAAGCCUAAGCCCCGGCCAUCCAUCACUAAGGCAACUUGGGAGAGCAACUACUUUGGGGUGCCACUGACAACAGUCGUGACUCCAGAGAAGCCGAUCCCUGUUUUUAUUGAAAGAUGUAUCGAGUACAUUGAAGCCACAGGAUUGAGUACUGAAGGCAUCUAUCGAGUCAGCGGAAACAAGUCAGAGAUGGAGAGUCUACAGAGACAGUUUGAUCAAGACCACAGCCUGGACUUGGCUGAGAAAGAUUUCACCGUGAACACCGUGGCCGGUGCCAUGAAGAGUUUUUUCUCAGAACUGCCAGACCCCCUGGUCCCAUACAGCAUGCAGAGCGACUUGGUGGAGGCGCACAAAAUCAACGACCGGGAGCAGAAGUUACAUGCCCUCAAGGAGGUACUGAAGAAAUUUCCAAAGGAAAACCACGAAGUCUUCAAAUACGUCAUCUCUCACCUAAACAAAGUCAGUCAUAACAACAAGGUGAAUCUCAUGACCAGCGAGAACCUCUCCAUCUGCUUCUGGCCCACCCUGAUGCGGCCCGACUUCAGCACCAUGGAUGCCCUCACAGCCACACGCACCUACCAGACAAUCAUUGAACUGUUUAUCCAGCAGUGCCCCUUCUUCUUCUACAAUCGUCCCAUCAGCGAGCCCCCCGGGGCCACGCCCAGCUCCCCCUCCGCCGUGGCUGCCACCGUCCCCUUCCUCACCUCCACGCCGGUCACCAGUCAGCCAUCGCCCCCCCAGUCGCCUCCGCCCACUCCCCAGUCCCCAAUGCAGCCACUGCUGCCCUCCCAGCUUCAAGCUGAGCACACACUGUGAGCCGCCAGGGCUGGGCCACAGGGAGCACUGCUCUUCUCUCUGACGGGGUGGCAUUUGGGCUUGAACACAGCCAGGUCC